GGUGGUCUUCUCCUAAAAUUUGGGUGUGGGUGUGUAAAAAAAAAAAAGGGUGGAUGUUUAUAUGGACACGCUUGACUGCAUGCAGAUCUAGGCGCCUAUCCUGAUGGAAAAGAGAGACAGGAAGCCGGGAUAUUUUGCAAGGCUGAAAAGGCGGAGACAGCUCAAGCAGAACCAAUCGGAGAAGAAUGUGAACGAGCCAAACCCGACGAUCAUUUCCUGUCCAGACAUCCCGGAUGACAGCGACCCCAACAGGAAGACAGACCUUCAGAGGAUAACAGAGAGGCCUCCUGCUUGUUCAGAUAAUGGCUCUAAGAGUAACAAGCAGCCAACGAGGGAGAAGAGGAGGCCGCCGGGGACAGUGGAGUACACUGUGGGACCCGAUGAUUCCCUCAACAGUAUCGCACUCAAGUUCAACAUCACCCCAAAUAAACUGGUGCAGCUCAACAAGCUCUUCACUCGCAGUGUUUACACUGGUCAGAAGCUGUUUGUCCCCGACACAAACCAGUCAGAAACUGACCUGAAGUCUGCGAGUUCAGCCGAUCCCUCCCUUACAAAUGUUCCUUCAGAGAAAGCAUCACAUGGCGGCGUUUCAAAUGGCACGUCAGCAAACUCCAUCAGGCGUGAGCUCUCUCCAAACUCAGAAGACGAGAGCCCGGCAACGGUUAAAUUCAUUAAGAUGAGCUGCAAAUAUUUCACUGAUGGCAUGGGAGUGGUGGGAGGCGUGCUGAUUGUGACCCCCAACAACAUCAUGUUCGACCCCCACAAGUCCGACCCCCUGGUGAUCGAGAACGGGUGCGAGGAGUACGGCCUGAUCUGCCCCAUGGAGGAGGUCGUCUCCGUGGCGUUGUACGACGACGUGUCCCGCAUGAAGCUCAAAGAUGCUCUGCCGUCGCCCGGCGAGUGGGAGCAACUGCCGUCAGAGCGAGAUCUGAACCCCUUCAGCCGCUACGAAGCGCUCAAUAAGAAGCGACCAAUCGUCUUGGACGACAUCGAAUCGACCCUCUCGGAUACUGGGAGCACAGAGGGCGAGCAGACAGAGAAGUCUCCGUCAGACGAAGGCUUCACAGACUUGGAGCCCACUGUGAAUGGGAGCACUGAAGACUCCGUGGGGAUGUCCUCUAAAACCCUCAACAUGGUCAGCGGUGACUCACUGGGGCCAAUCUGCCCAGACCGAGGAGACACUCAGGACAAGUCGAUGCUUUGUCAAACUAAAGGGAAGCUGGAUGAUGAAGAGGACGAGGGCGUGGCUCAGAACAGCUCCGUUGAGGACGGAGAGUCAACACAGUCCUCUUUAGAGAUCGGAAAUCAGGGUGACCCACUUGAUAAACCUACAAGUCGGGAGGCAACUAAAACCAAAGACAUGAAACCUAAAGGGACCGAAGAGCUGCUAAAUAGUGCACAUGAUAAAAUAAUCACAGCACCAGAGGACCAAAGCAGGAGGUUGAGUCUGGGGGAGGAGGCUGCAGAGGUUUGUGGGGACUUCAGCCUGACCAGACCAAACCCAGACAGACAAGCAGGAGGCUCUGAACUCAGCGAGGAGGAGAGACGGAAGAAGAGCUACGAGGCAGAAGUGAAGUCUUGGCUGCUUGAGAGGAUGCAGGCUCCAAUAGAAGACAUGCUCCUCUCGUCCGAGGAAAGAAGUAAAAUCCCACCGAUGUUCCUCUGCUUCAAAGUGGGAAAGCCAAUGAGGAAGUCCUUCGCCUCUGGGAUGACUUCCAGUCCCGCCCUCUCGUUUGGGGGGCGGGGUAAACAGCCGGAGUACUGGUUUGCUGUGCCGCAGGAGAGGGUGGACCAUCUGUAUGCGUUUUUUGUCCAGUCUUCUCCAGAUGUGUACGGGAAGGAGGCUCGAGAGCAGGGCUUUGUUGUUGUGGAGAAAGACGAGCUGGACAUGAUCGACAACUUCUUCAGUGACCCUGCAUCCUGCAGCUGGGAGAUCAUCACUAUUGAUGAGGCAAAGCGCAGGCAGAGUUUCGGCAGCUGUGAUGGGGACUUGUCUGUGGAUGCUCUGCCCAUACUCUGUGACAGCAGUGAUCUGCUGCAGGACACGCAUAUUGAGAAGCUUGCCUGUCGCCUGCCAGCUCGUGUGCAGGGUUACCACUGGAGACUGGCCUACAGCACAGUGAGACACGGGACCAGCCUGAAGACUCUGUACAGGAGCCUGGCAGACGUCGACAAUCCUGUGCUGCUGGUCAUCAAAGACAUGGACAACCAGUUAUUUGGAGCGUUCUCCACUCAUCCAUUCAGAGUGAGUGAACACUGCUACGGCACAGGAGAGACGUUCCUCUACAGCUUCUGUCCUGAGAUCAAGGUGUACCGCUGGACGGGGGAGAAUUCUUACUUUGUGAAGGGAUAUACUGAUUCUCUGCAGAUGGGAGGAGGAGGUGGUCAGAUUGGUCUGUGGCUAGAUGCUGAGCUGUACAGAGGUACCACCACAAAAUGCGCCACCUUCAACAACCAACCGCUCUCCGCCCAGCAGGACUUCAACAUCCACAGUCUGGAGGUUUGGACCUUUGAGUAGCUCCAUCUGCUCCAGCUACUUCUACAGUCACCCUCCACUCCAAACGCCCCGACACCCCCAACACAGAGCCUAUUCUGCACCACAUGGAGGCAACCCUAGCCACUCCACAAUGACACUAAAAGACAGUUGACUGAAAACAGAAUUGAAAGCAUUCUGUGGCCUGUUUCUGAUGUGGGUUUACUGCAGGUAGGUUUGCCGGGCUCCCCCCUGCGUGGGAAAAUGUUGUUGCUCUCAGUUCAUUAGCUGCCUUAGACAUCCGACAAUGCCUCCAGCUUUCCCAGCAUGCAGACUGCCUUAGCACCAAAAGCUUAUGAGAUGAGAGUGAGGGAGAAAGCCGCUGAUGUUGCCCCCAAAAGAGCUGAUAUUAAGUGUCUGUGAAAGAAGGUGUCCCAUGUUGCUGUAGGUGUUUUGGUGCGGUAAUAAUGGUGGGUGUGAAAUGUGGGUUUGGGAAUGUACAGGAUUAUGUAUUGAAGGAGUUUGGAUAAUAAUUUUUAUUACAAUGAUUUUUUUUUUUUACCUUGAAGGAAAUCGAAUCUAGGGAUAUUUUUUUUAAUCUAUCACAAUGGAAUAUAAGUUUCACUGCAGGAACUAUUUCUAAUUGUUUACAAAGGGAGUGUUAAACUUCCCCUGAAGGCUGCCUGGUUCUCAUAUUUUGAGUUUUGGAGAACCUGAAUGAGAAUAUCCUAUUUCAUUUCCUCAUCGUGUAACAUUUACAAUCCCUGUGUACAAUCCAAAAGAUGUUUUCAUGCCAGGAAACAUUUUUGAAUGACCAAAUAAGAUCUAUUUUAAAUUUCUAUUUGCUGUGAGUUUGUCAUAUUUUAAAUAAUAUUCUAGAACUUUUAUUUUUACAUUUUAUUUUUUACAUUGUUUUUGCAAAGAACUCUCAGUUUCAUUUGUUUUUGUUUUUUAAUAGUUGUACUUUGACUGAAAUGUUGUGUUAAUAAUAAUAAUAAUAAUAAGAAUAAAUUCGAUUAAAUGUUUCUGUUCUGAUUUGACCCAACAAGCGCUAGAAAUAACUGUU